CUUUAUGUUAUUCCAUUUAGUAUGGGACCAAUUGGUUCACCAUUAAGUAAAAUUGGUGUACAAAUAACCGAUUCAAAUUAUGUCUUACUUUCAAUGAGAACUAUGACUCGUGUUUCAUCGGAAAUCUGGAAACAUCUUAAACAUGAUGAAGAAUUUGUUAAAUGUCUUCAUUCAAUGGGUUGUCCUCGUCCACAUGCACGAAAAAUAGUCAAUAAUUGGCCAUGUAAUCCAGAGAAAACUCUUAUCGUUCAUAUACCAGAUAUUCGAAAAGUAAUAAGCUACGGUUCUGGUUAUGGUGGAAAUAGUUUACUUGGUAAAAAAUGUUUUGCUUUACGUAUUGCUGGUCGAAUUGCAUAUGAUGAAGGAUGGUUCGCUGAACAUAUGUUAAUUAUGUCAGUAACAAGUCCUCAAGGUGAAGAAAAAUUUAUUGCUGCUGCUUUUCCAUCGGCAUGUGGAAAAACAAAUUUAGCAAUGUUAACACCAACAAUUCCAGGUUAUACAGUUCGAUGUGUUGGUGAUGAUAUUGCUUGGAUGAGAUUUGAUAAAGAAACGGGAGAAUUAAGAGCUAUUAAUCCUGAAGCAGGAUUUUUUGGUGUUGCACCUGGUACAAAUAUGAAAACAAAUCCAAAUGCUCUUUUGACAUGUUUAAAAAAUUCCAUAUUUACCAAUGUUGGUGAAACAGUUGAUGGUAGAUUUUAUUGGGAAGGUCUCGAAGAUCAAACAGAACCUGGUACUGAAAUUAUUUCAUGGACUGGUGAAAGAUAUAAAUUAGGAGAAGAUAAAACAAAAAAAUCUAGUCAUCCAAAUGCACGAUUUUGUUGUCCAGCAAAACAAUGUCCAAUUAUUCAUGACAAAUGGGAAGAUCCAGCUGGUGUACCUAUAUCAGCAAUUAUAUUUGGUGGACGAAGACCAGAAGGUGUUCCAUUAGUUAUUGAAGCAUUUGAUUGGAAACAUGGCGUAUUUCUUGCUUCACAAUUAAAAUCGGAAACAACAGCAGCUGCUGAACAUACUGGAAAACAAAUAAUGCAUGAUCCAUUUGCAAUGAGACCAUUUGUUGGAUAUAAUUUUGGACAUUAUAUUCAACAUUGGCUUGAUUUUGAAAAAAAUCCAAAGAAUAAAUUACCAAAAAUAUUUCAUGUCAAUUGGUUUCGUUUGGAUGAAAAUAAAUUUCUUUGGCCUGGAUUUGGUGAUAAUAUUCGUGUAUUGGAUUGGAUUAUUCGACGAACAAACGGUGAAGAUAUUGCUGAUGCAUCAGCAGUCGGCUUUUUACCAAAGAAAGAUUCAAUUAAUCUUCAAGGUCUUAUUGUUAAUUGGGAAAAAUUAAUGAGUGUACCAAAAGAUUAUUGGAUAAGUGAUAUUGAAGAAACAUUGAAAUGGCUUGAUGAACAGUUAGGAGACGAUUUACCACAUGAUAUUCGAGUUCAAAUUGAACAACAAAAACAACGUUUAACUCAAUUGAAAUAA